AUGGUUACCCAAUUCAAAACUGCCAGUGAGUUCGACUCUGCAAUUGCCCAAGACAAGCUAGUCGUCGUUGAUUUCUUCGCCACUUGGUGUGGUCCAUGUAAGAUGAUUGCUCCAAUGAUCGAGAAAUUCUCCGAGCAAUAUCCUCAAGCUGACUUCUACAAAUUAGAUGUUGAUGAAUUGGGUGAUGUUGCUCAAAAGAAUGAAGUUUCUGCCAUGCCAACCUUGGUUCUUUUCAAGAACGGCAAGGAAGUUGCGAAGGUUGUUGGCGCUAACCCUACUGCUAUAAAGCAAGCUAUCGCCGCCAACGCUUAA